GAGAAGCCCGGAAGUACAUUAUUUCCGGAUAUAGGACUCAGCCCGGCAGUAAUCUAGUCGUAAAGAGAUAAACACUAUAAACUGGACUUAAAUCAAUUGAUAGCAAUUCACUUUUUGAUGUAUUGGGUUAGAUUGACCUUUGUUUUGACUUGUUUAGCAACAUGUCAUUGUUUAAUCGAAAAGGAUGAGAAAGAAGUGGACUAUUGUGAUCUUAAACUGUGGCUUGAAUCUACAUCAUUGUCAGUGGAGAUUUCCAAACAGGGUUUCCACAGGGAGGUGACGACCACAGUUGAGCUCAGUCCUGCUGUGCCCAGUGGAGUGAGAGUCUUGCUGGUGUAUCAAUGGCCAAGAGGGGUCUUUAUUGAUCCAUAUCAACUUGCAUCCCUGAAACAUCAAGGGGGUUGGCAGAUAUUACUAGAUUCAGCCAUUGACCUUGAGGUACCUGCUCACAAGACAUCAGGAUUUGUCUCCUACGUGUAUCCCACUCCUGCUGAUUCAACACCCAGACGGGUAAAAUUCACAAUCCCAAUACAUGGCCGCUACCAUGAGCCCUCUGCUGUUGGAAAAACUUUUACAUCUGUUGACAUACAUGCGCCAGAACUGCUGCUGCAGAAUGACAAAUGUUUGCAUCUCAAUAGCUUAGAGCCUAACACUGUUGUGGAUGCGCCCUGCACUGUUGACAAUUCAAGCACAUGUUCUUGGUUUAAAAUCCAGUAUUAUCAGCAUGGCCCCAAGAAAUUACAGUUCCCAGUCGGUGAUGGGUCUAUGGUGAUACCGGUAUGUGGAGGAACUCUUCUGGUCACAAUGAUCUGUUGUGUGGUGCUGACCAAAUACAUUUGCACUCAUCAAACUAUGUAUUGAUGGUGGCAUACCCUUUGCUGAACAACUAAUGAUUUAAUUAUUGUCAUGUUUUGUCAGCUAGCAGGUUCAUUCCAAUUCCAUUAUGAUGAAAGUGUGACUCCAAGAGAGAACAAGCUUCAUAAUUGUGAAAGUUCUAGAUUUUAAUCUGCAAAGUAAUAAAGAUAACCCUCAUUAGCAUGUUUAAUGAAGGCCUCAAUUCUGUUGUUCUGAAAGGGGCGGGUUUAGCAGGGUUAUUGAACUGCUAUGAUGCUUCAUCCUUAUGGUAUUUAGACCAAGGCAUGUCACUGACAUGUUCAUUAGGACACCAGGGAACUAUUUUAAUGGGGGAAAUAAGGUAUUAUAUGUCCCCUUUAACAUAAUCUUGGCUCAGGAAGAGGGCCAUAACCUGGGACAUAUUGGAAGUUGAUUUGUUUUCGUUUUUUACUCCAUUUAAAACUCUUCAAGGGUAAAUGUUGUGUGGCAACAAAUCAUGUUUAAUAGAACUUUUUAUUAUGACUAGAAAAAAAAAUCAGUGCUCAAGUGAUUUGUAUCUCGGUGAAGACAUAUACCUGGUUAUAUGUUGACUGUAAAGUUAAUUUUUAUCCUGCUCUACCUCUGCUGUGCUUAGAAAUGUCAGAUUGUAAACGUGCAGGUUAUAAAAUCAUGUUAAAUAUUGAUGUUAGAUUCAAAGUCUUGCAUACAUGCAACCUUUUAUAGUCAUUUAUUUUGAGUAAAAGAGUUGACUGUACAUAAAUACAUUUUGUGUAAAAGAGUUGACUGUACAUAAAUAAAAUGUGCCAUUUCUCUCCUUUUUUUUUAAAA